AGCACGAUUUUAUUUUUAUUUAUUUAUUUGUUAUGUGGCCAAUCGGGCUUCUUCAUCCUCUUGUUUGCUGCAGAUUUGGCCGGCCUUCUCGUGAUGUGGUGUCCAUUCUUGCUCCGUUGACCCAGUGUUGCAUGAUCAAGCGCUCCACGCUGUUCAGACUGAAGCUUCUGGCGCAGUCCGAGUACCGUCUGAGCGACGUCAUGCGGGCAUCCCUCUCCAGAGACCCUCUCACGCCAGUCCUGACUGAGGACCACCUGCAGGCCUUGGACCGCCGGCUGGACCAGGUGCUCAGGACGGUGGGAAAGUGUGUGAAGAAGCUGGGAGAACCACCAGUGGUGAUCACAGACUUUGUAGAGUCAUCCAGAGUAACUACAAGCAACAGGUGACAGAACGAGAAGAGCCAGGGUUUGAGGAGAUAUCAGCGAUCCACUGUGUUACUGACUGUGUACUUUAUGAUCACUUCCAGACUAAGCCACUGAACUAAAUCAGACCCUGUUGUGCAAAAUCAUGGCAUCUAAAGACAUCAGGAGGAAAAAGUAUUUGUAUUUCUGAUAAAUGCUCUGGGGCUGUGUCAUAUUAUUAGUCUUAAUUGUCAAAAUUGACCAAAAGGUCAAAAUUAUGAGACGAAAAGUCAAAAUUAU